GUGUACCAUUAACCACCUACAGGUAAGUACUGUUCAUUCCAUGGACAGUGUACUGUUAACCAACUACAGGUAAGUACCGAUCAUUUGAUGGUCAUACUAUUGUUAACCAACUACAGGUAAGUACCCUUCAUUCCACAGACAGUGUAACAUUAACCAACUACAGGUAAGUACCGUUCAUUCCACAGACAGUGUAACAUUAACCAACUACAGGUAAGUACCGUUCAUUCCACUGAUAGUGUACCAUUAACCAACUACAGGUAAGUAACAUUCAUUCCACAGUCAGUGUACUGUUAACCACUUUUAUUGUCGAAAAGUUUAUUUCAAGUUUUAUACCACUGAUAGACUGGUUCUCUCGAUUGACUUUUUUAAGACCAAGCCUAUUUUAUUGAUUUGAAAAAAUUACCUUGUACACUUACAGUUGCAAGAGACAUUAAGAAAUUGGUUUACAGCGACAAAUAUUUCUGUCAACAGGUUCUAGUAGUGACAUCGCAUUCUCGAAUGAGAUUAAAAAUGUUUUACAGUGAGUGACCACAUUUAGGUGGUGAAAAAAUUGAGAUUGAAGCUGUGAAUUUUUUCCAAAAAUAAUAAGUAGUUUGCAGUAUACACCUUAAUAAGUAUUACUUAGGACGUUGAUUCUACUGACUUUAAAAGCACUGUAUUACAUGUACUUAUUUAUCAAAUAUUCAAAGAAAUUAUUGCAACAUGCAGUAGGAAUUUAUUUCCCUAACAAACAGUACAUUGAUUUUCACUUGAUUUCUAGACUGAAAUCAUUUGAAAUGUGAUAAUUUAAUUCAUGCAGAUUAGAUCAAUUCUAUGUGUAUAUGAUGAAGCCUUGAAUUUAUUGAUUAAAAUGAAAAUGUCGUAUGCUUUUGUCACAGAUGAACAACCAUAGUAGGAUGACCCCAUUUUAAAAGGAAAAUUAAUGUGGUUGAUUUAUUUAUAUGUGGCAGUGCUGUAAAACUGACAAUCUUGGUCUCAUAAUUAAUAUGUAAGCCACAAAUUAACUUUAAUGGGGUGUGUACAAGGUUUUAGUGAAUUUUGUAUAAGUUAAUUUGUAAUGCUUGAUAUGUACAGUUCUGAAGUGUCAAAAAGAUAGAGUGAUAUGAUAAUUAAAUCCGGGAAAGGUAAAAAAAAAUUGACACACACCUUUAAACAGAAAUUGACAUUAUCAAACAGGAGCGUUCUUUUUAGAAGUGUGAACCAAACUGAAUGUUAACACAGAUAACACAUGCUUUGGACUAUUCCUGGGAGUGAGGCCAUUGUUUUUUCAUCUUGUUUUUCUAUUUCCUGUCAAUUACAAAUGUAAAUUGUUGUAAUUUGGAUCUCUGAACAUUCCAUUAUUUUGUGAUGUGGCUUUAUUUCUCCGUUUCAUAAAAGAGACACUACGGAGAAGGGGAAUUGUAGAUCUGUUCGGAGUAAAAUUUGGAUGCCCAGUUGCCCACUUUUGGAAAGCCAAAGCCCAAAAUGAAGAAGCCCGGACGUUUGUUUUCGUUGGUGAUUGUUGUGUUGGCACUCGGGAUUGUCCUCACUCUGUUGAACAUCUACGAGCUUCAUAAGAUGAGGGAAACUGGGAACCUUCAGCAAGCUGUUCAGCCACAGACAGAGGGAAAGCCAGGGAAAUAUGCUGUCCGGACCCCCAUUGUGUGGGUGGAGGGAAAAAAGUUAGAGUCUGGCUACCUGAAGCAUGUGUUUGCUGUAUUUGACAGAAUUGGAUAUGCACUUGGCAAUGGCGAAUCUGACUGGGAUGUUCUCUGGUCUCAUGAGUAUCCAUUUGAAUCUCUGGCCAAGAAAAUGUCAGUUCUAAAACCUCACCAAAAGGUGAACCAUUUCCCGGGCUCUGGAUACAUAACCAACAAAGUCAGUCUGGCUGUGUCCACCAACCCCUUCAUACCCCGGGCCUUCAAGAUCCCCAAGGAGAAAAGACAAUUCCUCCAAUAUGCAGAGGAACACCCACACACGCUGUGGGUCCAGAAGAGAAAUAGCCAUAGGGGCAUCAAGAUCAAACAUGUGCAGGAAUUGGACUUGUCAGAUGACGGCUCUUUUGUUCAGAUGUUUGUGGAUAGACCGUUCCUUAUUGAUGGGAGAAAAUUUGACAUUGGUGUGUACACAACCUUGACCUCCAUUGACCCCCUGAGAGUGUACAUUCUGGAGUCCGAGGCAUUGUUCAGGUUCUGUUCCCAUGACUACUACCCAUUUGACGCCCGAGACAUCAAGAAGUAUGUCGUAGGGGAUGAUUACACACCAGUGUGGGAGAUUCCUUCACUUAAGAAGCUGUACAGAGAACUGAACUUUAACUUUAAGGAUGCUUUUAAUGCCUAUCUAGAUAUGAAAGGCCACAACUCUCGAAAGCUGUGGGCGGAUAUAACCUCAGCCAUCAAAACAGUGUACCUACAGAAGGAGGCUGCUCUCAUUUCUGCCACCAAUAAAUACACAUCGUCUAGAAAUUUCUUUGAAAUGGUUCGAUUUGAUUUUGCGUUGGAUGAGGAUUUGAAUGUUUACCUCAUGGAGGUGAAUAUGUCUCCCAACCUGUCAUCUGGUCACUUCCGAGAGAAUACCUUAAUGUAUGAACAGGUGGUGUUUAACCUGUUGAGUCUGGUCCUUGUCACCAGGCCGGUCAGCCAUGAUUUCUCACAAAGUUCUGAAGACGAGGCCAACAUGAGGGUGUCAGACAAAGACAUUUCUGUUUUCCCCGAAUGGUGCCUCAGUGCACAGUGCCUCCACAGCUGCGAAAAUGAGAUGUGUAAAUUAUGCAGUCCCUGUGUGUCUCUGUCUAUGAAGAAGACUCUGAAACUGGCGUACUUAGAACAUAUCAACAAAGGAAACUGUGGACGUGUUCUUCCUCAAAGAAUGUCAGGAGAGUUUGCAUUACAGUGGACUCCAUCCCACAGUGACCCGGAGUUCCACAGUCUGAACCAUAGAAACAAGCUGAUGUACAUGUGGUUUGUGGGCAAGUGUAGACAAAGCACCUCUUGGUGCUGAAACUUAGGUAACUACUGCCUCAGAGGCGAUACCUAUUGCAAACCACAGCCCCGGAGGAAGUGUGCCUGUAUAAUGCUUAAAGCUUACCCAGGGACACCCCAAGGAAAGCUGCAGCCUUAAGGAUGGUUGCUCAACAGAAAAUCCCCCAAGUUAGAUGACUAUGUUUUAAUGAAUGUACAAAUCAAGCCAUCUCAGAAACACUUUGAAAAUCUAUAUAGAUUUAUUCAUAAAUGAAUUUAAUCAAUUUAUCAUGUUUAUAAAUGCUAAAGUAGGGCAUUUUGUCCACAGAGACAUUAAUAUUACAUAUAUAUCUGCAGAAAAUUGAUGUGUUUGAAGCUACCUGGUAGAUGAAAUUUAACAGGCCAGUGUUGUUACAGGGGUUUUACAUUUUGGUUUUAUUGUAAGCUGUAAUAGAGAAAUUUUUUUUAUCUCUGAAGUGUAUUUUUAUUUUCAUUUCUUUGAGAACAGUGUUUUAGUAGCAGCAAUAAUGUAGCCCCAAACAUUUCAAACAUGUGAUAUUGACCAAAUAUAUCAUCUUUAUAGAAUGGCCUGGCACUUUUUGUACAACAAGACUCAUUAGAUUGUACUGUGUAAAUGAAAUGUGUAAAUGUAAUGUAUAAGUGUAAAUGUAAAUAUAAUGUGUAAAUGUGUAAAUGACUCUGUGAUAUAGAUUAGCUUUCACUUAACCACUGAAUUCAUUGUGUAUUGUUAUGAAAGUGAUUUAAAUUGCUCAAUGUUGAAUGCUUAUAAGCUGCUUAUAAGCUAUAUUAUUUUAUAAGUCAUAUCAUAAAACAUAAAUCAUAUCAUUUUAUUACCAAAGGUAUACAAUAUAUACAAAUACUGAAUAUCAGCAAACUGUUUUGUGCAAUACAUACCGAAUUGUGGUCUGAUUGAACAAUGAGAUUAAUAUCAACUGAAUCUCAAGUUUUACCAACUAUUGCAUAUAUUUAAUUUGUACGACAAGUGAUGUGAUAUACAUGUACAUUGUAUUUACUUUGUAUUCUGUUAUAUUGUAAAUUUUCUAUUAUCUUCCACUGUUUCAUACAACAAAGAAAGAAUUUUACACUUAUCUUUUUGUAGUUUUAGUAUCAUGUUAUACACUUUUAUUCUAUUACAAGGUCUACUUAAUUUAUUUAUUCAGUAUCCUGUGUUCAUGGAUGUCCAAAUACUGCGGUUCAUCAAUAUUCAUUGAAUACCAAUUUUCGUGGAUUUCGUUGUUAAAGCUGAACACCGCUCGUAAAUAGGCAAUGUCCGCCAUAUUUCUCUUUAAUCACUGCUGUUCCUACAACCCUUAUAUAAGGGACAGACCUCUAAACAGUUCAAAGUACUUCGCUGUAGAGGUCUCACCUGUGUGGACGUUCAUUUUGCUUCGCCGUGUUACCCGGUCGCGAUGAAAUUAUCAAAUUUUACACACUUUUUGAAGCCAGGAGAAUACUAACAUCAAAUAAAUUGGUCAAUGCAUUAUUUACGAACAGAAAAUGAACAUAAGAUAGGAAAAAAAUGCAUAAAAUCUAAAGACCACGAAAGGAAUGCUACAUGUCGGCCACGAGGUUCAGGUGUGCAAUCGGGUGUAACGAAAUCGAAGGGUUUAUAUACCAGGUAUCUGUGUGAUGGUGCCUAUUUACGAGCGGUGUUCAGCUUUAAGUUGAUCCACGAAAUUAAAUGUUCAUUGAAGUUCAAUAUCAACUAACAUUUUGUAUUGAUAGGAUCAUUGGCCACGAAAUUACGUAUCCUUGAAACUGUGGUUUUCAGAAAAUCCACGAAAAUUGAUACCCACGAAAAUUAAUGAAACCACAGUACUAGUACAGUAAAACUAGCAAAACACUCUAUAUGGCUAGUUCUCCAUUACUUGUAUUGAUGUUUUUCUAACACUCUCGGGUCCCAAGAUCCAGAUGUUUUAUCACAUCUUUUUCCUUAUAUCAAUGUUGUUAUCAUCAAUUUCUUUAGCUAAUUGUGGAAUAUUUAAAGUACAUGUACAGAAAUAGAUAUUAUCAACAUCUAUAUUUUUUUUAAGAAUAUUAAUUAUUAAUAGAGAUUUAUUUUCUAGGUGUUUUUUAUCACAUGCCCUGGCUAUUACAAUAAUCUAUCCCAGUUCUCAAUGAUUUUCAGAAGUUCAGUUCAUAGUAAUGUGUAUUAUGAAAGAACUUAUGCCUGAUAUCUUAAAAUUCUGAUUUUUAUGAAAUAUCUCUGUUUACAUUAUCUUGACACAGACUUUUUACAGUUACAAUUCAUAAUUAGCUAGUAGCUUGCGUAUAUACAGGAAUACAUCUACCAGCACUUCUUAUGUAAACUUUUUUGGGGUGUAUACUGAUGUACAUCUUUUCUUUUUAAGUUUUGCAUACUGUAAAUUCCUUAUAUUACACGAGUACUUAAUUCCGCGAUCCUGCUGUUUUGCAUCAAAUCGCGAGUAAGAAUAUAAAAUCACGAACGCGGGACAUAUAUUCAUAUUUCUGAUAGUCUUCAACUCUCAGAAAAUAAUAGCGAGGUUUUAAAAUCUGCGAUUUAACGCGGAUAUAAAUUCCUCGUGUUUAUUAAGGAAUUUACAGUAGUGCAAUAAUUUAAUAUUAAAGAGAAUUAUUUUAAUUUUUUUUAUUGUAUGUACUUAUGUAUUGGUACAUACUUGUAUACUCGGUGUGAAACAUACAGGGUCUUAGUUAACACAUCACGGUGAGCUGGUUUGUUGUAUAAUAUGUCGGGCACUACUGAGCCUUUUAACUAGCAAGGCAAUAUCUUAUUGAUAAUUUAAAAUUAUACAUGUGAAUGUGCACUCUCGACUAAGGUAAAGUAGAAGAAUUCUAAAUAUCUUACUAUAAGUGGGAGAAAUUAAUAUUCAUUGAUCUUUUAAAGGGGCAUGGUCACGAUUUUGGUCAAAAAUUAUUUUUCGAAAUUUUAUGUUUACAAUGCUUUAGUUAAGCAUUUUUAAUAAGCAACCAAAAUUUGAGUGUCGAUCGCUGAGUUAUAAGCGAGUUACAGAGCUUACAUUUCUUUGCAAUGUAAACAAAACGUUUGUUUACAUUUUAAAUGUUGGAGUGAAAAUUCCAGUUUUAAACUUAAAAUGAAUGUGUUAAACGUUAAAAACAAUUUAUUUAUGCUUAAAAUGAAUAAGGAGAUAGACUAAUCAGCUUAAAAAAGAUUUUUUACUGGUAUAUUGAACGUAUGUAAACAUAAACACGGCACGAGCCUUGUUUACAUGACAAUGAAUUGUGAGCGCUGUAUCUUGCUUAAAACUCUACAACUGGCCCUCAAUUUUUUUUUAAUCAUUAGAAAUGCAUUUCUAAAGCAUUUUAAAUAAUAAAAACAGGAAAAUAAAAUCGUGACCAUGCCCCUUUAAAAGAUAGAAAUAUAUGUUACUUACAUGUACAAAUGACUUGUUUUUUUUUACGGUUGAAUAAGAAUAGAUUGUAAAAUAAAACACUAUAGUUCAUUUCUCAUACUUUAGAUACGUUCAAUUUUUGUGGGUACCAUUCAUCCAUAAGUAAGCAUCUGUGAUGAAUCAUGAAAUUUGAUCAUUAUCUAUUUUUUUUAUGAAAAUGAAUCCAUUUAAAUACAUUCCAAGCACAAAGUUGUAAGAAAAAUGAGUGGCAAUCCAUGAAAAUUGGUUCUCAUAAAAGCAGACAUGUAAUGUUUUCAUGAAGAUAUAAAUGUAUUGUUACAUAAUUAUAUGAUGCAAUUAAUUCCUGUUGUUGAAUUUUUGUCAAAUUGUUAUCAGAACAGAAUAAAAAAGAAGUUAAAUAUUACUACAAAGAAA